AUGACUGGUUCUUCCUCUCGACGCGAAGUUACUGGUGUACUUAACCAACAGAGCAAUGGACAGAAGUCAUCCAAGAUGUUAUUGGAUAUUGCUGCGGUUUCGUGCAGAACGCUACAGAUGCCAUCACCACUUGCUGUGGGUGAAGGAAGCCUCACAAUCGGUUUACUGUCCCUCGUGAGUGAAGAAAGCACCCUCCUUCAAGUGUACAACAGCCUUGAUGUUAUGCAGGAGAUGACCCCUAAGAAUUCUCUGGCUGUCGUCUGCUCCUCCUGGGAGAUGACGAUCUGGACCAGUUUUGUGCAGCGUUCCCCAAAGUCGGCUUCUGAGGUUAUGCCAACUUUCAACGCGAGUGAAGAAGGAUUCUUGCAUCUGUUAGGAUCUUGUCCGUUGGAUGUAGAAAAAGACGCUGAUCCUGGCCUACUCGAUUCGUUUGACGAAGGUGGGGAUGGGGUGAGGGAGAGAGGUGCGUUGGCGCUGCCAUCGGUGUGGUGCUGCCAGCGUUUCUCCCAUCUACCUCCAAUUUUAAGUACAGAGAUCGAGAAGGUUUCUUUUUUUCAAGCACUUCGCCUACCUGAGUGGUUGAAGAAGGAGAUUCCGCAUGGUAAAAAGAUAUCGAGAAUGAGAGAUGACCUUCGAGGACUGAAAUUGCACACGGUCUGUGAGGAGGCGCGUUGUCCGAAUCUGGGUGAAUGCUGGAAGGGCGGAGAAGAUAACGUACCCACUGCAACAGUUAUGAUAAUGGGAGACACUUGCACCCGGGGAUGUCGGUUCUGCUCCGUGAAGACGUCUGCCCACCCACCUUCUCUGGACCCGGAGGAACCAUACAAAACUGCAGAUGCUGUGAGUAAAUGGGCCGUCGAAUAUAUCGUCAUUACAUCCGUGGAUCGUGAUGACAUCCCCGACGGUGGAGCCUCUCAUUUUUCAGAAACUGUGAAACAGAUCAAAAGAAAAUGUUCGUCCAUCCUUGUUGAGUGUCUUCUUCCUGACUUCCGCGGAAAUAUUGGCUCCAUAACAACGAUGGUCGACAGUGGCCUCGACGUCUACGCGCACAAUAUCGAGACGGUGGAAUCCCUUCAAAAAGUCGUACGAGACCAUAGAGCAGGCUACCUUCAGUCGCUGGCAGUACUGGAGCACGCGAAGAAGUACGACCAGCAGCGCCCGGUGUGUGUGGGCGGUGGCAGCCUAGUAACCAAGUCAAGCAUCAUGCUGGGCUUCGGGGAGACCGAUGAAGAGGUUUUUAAAACCCUCUCCGAUCUCCGCCUGGCCGGCGUCGACUGUGUCACCUUGGGCCAGUAUAUCCAACCCACCCGGCGACAUCUCAAAGUGCGUGAAUACAUCCACCCGGACAAAUUUACCUACUGGGCCGACGUGGCGAAGUCGCUGGGCUUCUUGUCUGUCGCAAGCGGUCCUCUGGUGCGUUCCUCCUAUCGAGCGGGAGAGUAUUACAUCAAGAAUAUCAUCAAAGCCAGGAAGACGGAUCAGGCAUGA